CCACUGCAGUGCAAAAGAGCUGUGGCACUGGCGCCUCUUGAACGCCAGAGGUUCGGCAGACGGUGUUCUCGCAGCCGCACUGCACCCAUAAGAAGCCUGGACUGCAUUCGUGCGCCGGCAGACACGGCAGCUGCAGCAGCACAAUGGCAGCAGCCAAAUUGAUCCUCUUGCCGAUCGUGCUGGCGCCGGCGCUACGCAUGACGCGCCAGCGGAUUGUCAUGCGAGAUAGUUCCUCCGUCACUUGGUUUAAGGCCGGUGACCGCGUAAAAAUCAUAGAGAGCGUCAUGUCGCGCGGCCAGGACUUGCGAGGGAGGACAGGCACCGUCGCCGACGCGUGGGAGAAAUGCGAAGAAGACCCGCAUUGUUGUUGUGCGGAGCUGGCCGAGGAGGCUGCGGCUGUUACCGUCGAUCUGGACCCGCCCGACGCGCGGCAGUACUACUUCGCCGAGAACGAGCUGGCAAAACUGCCGGCGCGCGCCGCCGCCGCGGCCACGGCCGCCGCCGCCGCCGCGGCUCAGGCGGAGGAGUUCGAGCCGUUGCUGGCGACGGAGCCGCGACGAGAUCUUGCAUUGGCACUCGUGUUCCCGCUGGUCGCAUACAAGGCCGCUGCCGUCGCGAACGGCAACAAGCUGAUGCCAAGCCUUGACGCGACGAUCGCGCUCGCCUGUGUCGCCGCGAUCUACUACUGUAUUUAA